CAGCUGCCAUCCUUCCAUCCAUCCCCACUUCAGUCCAACUUCCCCAGCCGGCUUGGGGAAACCAUGGCUGAUUGGCACCUGGUUAGGCUGCACUCAGCUGUCCCUGAUAUUUGACACACAGACACUGGCGCGCACACACACACAUCCACACCCCUCCUUCCUGCCAAACCAAAAAACACACAUUGGCCCUGGGAAAGGGAAAUAAACAUGUGAGAGAAGGAGAUGGGAGAGGGAAAAGAGAAAGAGAAGUCCUACUACAAGAGCCAAAGUGCCCCUUAGGAAGUUGCCAGCCUCUUUGGUGGAGGGAUCACCUGCAGCCAGUUCUUGAUGUGGACCUGGUGGAGGAAAGCUGAGCUCUCGAAAAAUGGUUGCGUGAAGAGGACCACCUCGCUGGGGAUUUCAGAACUGAAAAAGAGCCUGAGAAAGUAUUCUUUAGCUGGAUCUUUUCUUCUUUUGUCAAGCUAGUUGCUCAAGAUUACCGCCAUAUUUUUUUUUCCCCUCUUGAGCCUUUUCCAUCAGUCCACCACAGGACUUUCUACUGGGAAAGUCCUUCGCAACGUGUGGCACGCACACAGCGACCUUCUUCUGCUCCUCUCCUCCAAACUGGAACGAGGGCUUCGUUUCUGCAUCAUCGGGAAUUAUGUCCGCAUUGUUGGAAGCUUCAGAUGGAAACGCAAAGGGGAUACAACCAAAAACUCUCUCGGGAACAUCCAGCAUGGAAAGGAGCGGUAAGGCUGGGAAUUUUGGAACAUUCAGGAGAAAAUGGUGAGACCUCUCGGUGUAAAUCUUCUGAUUCCAGCGGCGAAGAGGAAGCAAGCACGGGCCAAAAGAAGCCUCGUAGGCAGAGGACCCAUUUCACCAGCCAGCAGCUGCAGGAGUUGGAGGCAACUUUCCAGAGAAAUCGCUACCCGGACAUGAGCACAAGGGAAGAGAUAGCAGGCUGGACCAACCUGACGGAGCCGAGGAUAAGGGUGUGGUUCAAGAACCGAAGAGCCAAGUGGCGGAAAAAGGAACGUCACCAGCAGACAGAGCUUUGCAAAGGAGCCUUUGGCUCACAGCUUAAUGGUUUGACCGGAAACCCUUAUGACGACCUUUACCCAACCUACGCCUAUAACACCUGGACUCCCAAGGGCCUACACAGCAACCCUAUCCAUGGCAAAGGCUUCCAGCUCUUCAACUCCAUUAACCUCAAUUCUUUUGCACCCCAGAAUGUGUUCCCGGCAGCUGCAGGAACUUCUCUAUCUGGAGUCCCAUCUCUGGAAAACUUCAACAGCCUGGCAAGUCCUCCCGGGCACUCGGGUUCAAUGUACGCGCCUGGUGCCCCUUCGCCCUACAUGUACAGGGACCCCUGCAACUCAAGCCUGGCUGGAUUGAGACUCAGAGCAAAACAGCCACAAUCUGCUCUCAAUUAUGGUGCUCCACAAAACACGGGUAUCGGCCCCAGCUCCAGCCAGUAUCAUCUGGACAGGCCAGUCUGACCCUCGGCUGUAGGUCAAAAGAUGAUCAGAAUUUGUAUCCCAUUAAGAAUCUUGCCAAUGGCCUCCAUAAAAAUAAUAAUAAAAAACGCCUCUUCAAGUCCUGUGUGGGGAAAAAUUAGGGUUCCCAAAUAGUUUUUUUUCCCCCUUUCUGAAGACCACGUCAGCUUCAAGUAUUUUCUUAGCCCAGAUCUUGCUUUGGUUGAAGGCUGUAAGCAGCCAACCAUAGUCCAAUUUCAUCUGAACCAUUCAGGCUCAGAUACCGGAGAUGGUUGGAAUUAAUUAACGAAUAAUCAUCCUGGAAAGAUGAAUUGGCAGGGCUGUUAUCAGAUGUUCGGAGCAGAUAGAGAAAAAAAAAAACAUCUGUUUUUAAUCAUCAAAGCAGAAGCUCUCAAAAAAAGGAGGAACCCCCCCCCCCCCACCAAACCUCCUCUCUACCAAGGCAGUUUUCUUCAACUUGGCCACCCCCAGGGGUGUUGGAUUACAAUUCCUCUCAUCCUUAGCCAGCAUGGCCAUAACAGUCUAAGUUCAAUUCAGGUAGUAAGCACCACACACAGGAAGGCUGAGCUGGAGAAUAGGCCUAAUGAGGCAAGUAAUUGGAGCCCUUUUCAUCAAGGUCAACUUUAAUCUCUACCCCACUUUCCCUAAGAAUUUCAGUUUCCCCUCCUGGAUGCCCAGAAAAUUCCAGGUCAGGGCCAUGAAAAUGAACUAGAUUCCCUGCUCUCUUCUUGUGCUGGCCCGCUCCCCUAGAUCACUGGACAGAUCCUGUAAUUCAGCUUUACGAAUGAGCGGUUCGCUUCCCCCUCCUUUUUCUAGGGGGCUGGAAACCAGUCCUAAAUCACAUUUUUUAGUGCUAUUGCAACUUUGAACGGUCACUAAAUGAACUGUUGUAAGUCGAGGACUGCCUCUAAUUUAUCAGCUCCAGAGUCAUUCUGAAAUUGAGUUGCUUUUUGCCAUCUAUUGCAAACAAUGUAAAAACCAGCCAGAGCAUUGCAGCCCAUUUUCUCCUUUCUCUUCUGUUAACCAGGGGUCGGCAACCUUGGCUCUUUUAUGACUUGUGGACUUCAACUCCCAGAAUUCCUGAGCCAGCCCACA